AUGCCGAAGCCUGCGCGCGCUGAGAUCAGCGCGCCCAGGCUUCGCGGACCUCUCCGCAAGCAGCGGCAGCGCUGCCGCUGCUCGCGGAGAGUUGCCGGCAUGCCGGAGCCUGCGCGCGCUGACAUCAGCGCGCCCAGGCUUCGCGGACCUCUCCGCGAGCAGCGGCAGCGCUGCCGCUGCUCGCGGAGAGUUGCCGGCAUGCCGAAGCCUGCGCGCGCUGAGAUCAGCGCGCCCAGGCUCGCGGACCUCUCCGCGAGCAGCGGCAGCGCUGCCGCUGCUCGCGGAGAGUUGCCGGCAUGCCGAAGCCUGCGCGCGCUGAGAUCAGCGCGCCCAGGCUUCGCGGACCUCUCCGCGAGCAGCGGCAGCGCUGCCGCUGCUCGCGGAGAGUUGCCGGCAUGCCGAGCCUGCGCGCGCUGA